GCUCACGCUUAUUGAACCUGAGGCAAUGAUAUGUAUCCGCAUGGAAUAGAUACAAUUGGUUGCGAAGCCAAUUGGGGGCGGGAUUUGAAAACAUAGUGCCGACCCUGCGCGGGAAGGUUUAAAACCGCUAGAAGUUCCGCUGUGUUUUAGUAGUCCUGCCAUGUCUGCUCGAGUUGUCCUGUGCCAGAAAAAUCAAAGACUCGGCUGUUCUUCAGAACCUCUUCACAAAGACCAUGAGCACUCGACCAGACUGAAAGAUAAAAUUGCAAGGAUUCAGGAUGAGCCCCUUCUUCGUGAAAAUCCCAAUCGGUUUGUCAUCUUCCCAAUUCAAUACCAUGAUAUCUGGAAGAUGUACAAAAAGGCAGAAGCAUCAUUCUGGACUGCUGAAGAGGUUGACUUGUCAAAAGACCUGGCACAUUGGCAAUCCUUGACACUGGAUGAAAAACACUUUAUCUCGCAUGUAUUGGCAUUCUUUGCUGCCAGUGAUGGCAUCGUAAAUGAGAAUCUGGUGGCACGAUUCAGCCAGGAGGUCCAGAUCCCUGAAGCUCGUUGUUUCUAUGGUUUCCAAAUUGCUAUGGAGAAUGUUCAUUCAGAGAUGUAUAGUCUCCUCAUUGAUACCUACAUCAAGGAUCCCAGUGAGAGGGAGUUCUUGUUUAAUGCCAUUGAAACAAUGCCAAGUGUCAAGCAGAAGGCUGACUGGGCUUUGCGAUGGAUUGCUGAUCAAGAAUCCACAUUUGGGGAGCGCCUGGUUGCUUUUGCUGCUGUUGAGGGAAUCUUUUUUUCUGGUUCCUUUGCUGCAAUAUUUUGGUUAAAGAAGCGAGGUUUGAUGCCAGGUCUGACUUUCUCCAAUGAGCUGAUCAGUAGAGAUGAGGGUCUGCAUUGUGACUUUGCAUGUCUGGUGUUCAAACACUUGGUUCACAAGCUGUCUAAAGCAAGAGUUGUAGAGAUUAUUUCUGAAGCAGUGAGGAUUGAAAAGGAGUUUCUGACUGAGUCUCUACCUGUGAAUUUGAUAGGCAUGAAUUGCACCCUGAUGAAACGUUAUAUAGAGUUUGUAGCUGAUCGCCUGUUAUUGGAGUUGGGCAUUAGCAAGAUUUUUAAUGCAGAAAAUCCUUUUGACUUCAUGGAAAACAUUUCCCUGGUGGGGAAGACCAACUUCUUUGAAAAGCGAGUUGCUGAGUAUCAAAAGAUGGGAGUGAUGUCAACUGCAGAAGAGAAGAUCUUCACACUGGAUGCUGACUUUUAGUCUGCCUGUUUAGAUACAAACUCAACAAUUUGAAAAAAAUGUUUGUUUUAAUGUGUUUGGUCACUAUAGCUCGUAUCGCAUCUAACCUUGGUCCUGCCCUUGACUGUACUGCUGAGCUUGCGAUCUGCCAUGAGAAUUUUUGGUUUACUUUGGAUAACAGCCGGAUUUGCAACACUUAAAAUAUUGUGGGAGGUAGAGGCUUCUUAUAAAGGCUAAUGGUAGUCUGCUUGAGUGAAAAAAUAAUUCAAGUAUGUGUGGGCUUCCACUUUAUUUACUAUCCCUGAAUUUUAUCUGGGCCAGUGAAGGUGCCUAAAGCCAUUGUAAGCCACCUGGAUCUCUCAGUGAUAAUGCACAUACAGAUAACAGCUUUCUAAGCUUAACUGCCCUUUAUGCAAGAGAUUCUAUUCACUUGCAUUGUGGUAGAUUUCUAAAUUCUACUUGUAUGUGUAUGAGCGUUCCUGGUUUAGCAACUGCGGUGUAAGUAAUGACUUGCUGCAUGUGGGAUUUUUGAUCAGUAUAAAAAAGAAAAAGGUUUGAUGUUCAAAUAUUGAAUUGCUCUGAAGUUUAUUUUAAAAAAAAAAAAAAAAAAUCUCUUGCAUCCAGCAGCUAUCAAAAUAAUACUGCUUCUUGGAUUUCAGUAACCCUUGGUGAUGAAUCUGCCUUGGAAUACUGGGAUCCCAUUUUUGAUAUCAACUCCAAUUGAGAACAUUGAUUUAAAAACCUUGAUUCUUGGAGAUGGUGAGAUUAAAAUUUGUGCUUUAAUUGCUCUAAACAUACUAUACAAUUAUGGCAUUAUAUUGUAUUUUAUAAAUAAAUUAACUACAACGGAGGACACCAUACAGCUGCUACUGCAUUGUGUGUGGUUAUGAUAACUAUUUAAUUCAUGUUUUGGUGCUGUGUAUUAGGAUUUAUUUUCUGGUUUUAAAAACCCACAAACCAUGCUCUUAAGUUUAUUUGUUCUAGUGGUCAAACACAAUUGCCAAUGUGGCCCCACCAGCCUUACUUGGUUUGAUGUCUAACGUACCAAUUACUGAAAUAAUUUUCUGUUUUGAUCUUCUGCCUGCAUUACCAUUAUUCAUGGAUGAACUUGAAUUUAAGACUUUGGGAACUGCUGUAAAAUAGUUUUUAAAAUUGUGCUGAACAAAAUUACUUAAGCAUUUUAUCACAAGAAUAUUGCACAAUACAAAUUGGGUUCUAUGAACAGAACUGUACAAAUGUUUUUCCAGCUUUGGUCUCCAGGGCUCAUUUUAAAUCUUUGAUUUGGGCAGAGAAUGAAAUUAAAUUUUGCGCUCGUCCUUGAAACAUCCUGGAACUUGCAAGGAAGAUCUACCUGUGAAAGAAAUAGGAAUUACUCUAAUAAUAUGUCUGUCUUUUCAUUGUUUGCUAUGCUCAUGAAUUUGAGACUUAACUUGUUUUUAAUUUGACCUGAUUGCACUUUAAUAAAGUCAGUAUUAAAAGC